UAUAUACGGUUUAUCCAUUUAUUACUUUUUCUCCCUGUUUUUGAAGGAAAAUUGUGAAUUCUCUGGCCAAAAAUGGCUUCACUUCUUCCCCUUCAUCCCACUGCAUCUCUUCCCAACUCCCCAAAAUUUAACCCAUCACCCCUCUUCCACGCCCUCAAUUCAUGCUCAUCAAUGUCUGAGCUCAAGCAAUUUCACUCCCAAAUCAUCCGUUUCGGCCUCUCUACAGACAAUAAUGCAAUCGGCCGUCUCAUCAAAUUCUGUGCUGUUUCCAAGUAUGGAGAUCUUCACUAUGCUCUUCUUUUAUUCAAUUCAAUCCCUUACCCAGAUGCUUUUAUUUACAAUACUUUAAUUAGAGGUUACUUACAGUCCGAAUCCCCUAAGUCUUCCUUACUUUCGUAUUUGCAAAUGCUUCAUAACUCUGUUCUUCCCAAUAAAUUCACAUUCCCUUCUUUAAUUCGUGCUUGCUGUAUUGAUAAUGCUGUCAAAGAAGGGAAACAAAUUCAUGCCCAUGUUGUUAAAUUUGGUUUCACAACAGAUAGAUUUACGAACAACAAUUUGAUUCAUAUGUAUGCUAAUUUUCAAUCCUUGGAAGAAGCUAGAAGGGUGUUUGAUUGUAUUGAGUUACCUGAUGUUGUAGCUUGGACUACUUUGCUUACUGGGUAUGCUCAAUUGGGAUUUGUAGAUGAAGGUUUACGAGUUUUCCAGUCGAUGCCUGAACAUAACUCUGCUUCUUGGAAUGCUAUGAUAUCUUGUUUUGUUCAAAACAAUAGAUUUCAUGAGGCAUUUAGUUUGUUUAAUAGGAUGAGAUUAGAGAAAGUUGUUUUGGAGAAAUAUGUGGCUGCUAGUAUGUUAUCAGCUUGUACAGGAUUAGGAGCACUUGAACAAGGGAAAUGGAUACAUAGAUACAUUAAGAGAAAUGGGAUUGAAUUGGAUUCAAAACUUGCAACUACAUUGAUUGAUAUGUAUUGUAAAUGUGGUUGUUUGGAUUGUGCUUUUGAAGUGUUUGUUCAUUUACCUGAAAAAGGGAUUUCUUCAUGGAAUUGUAUGAUUGGAGGGAUGGCUAUGCAUGGGAAAGGAGAGGCUGCUAUUGAACUUUUUAAAGAGAUGGAGACCAAAACGGUGAAACCAGACAACAUAACCUUCCUUAAUGUACUAAGUGCUUGUGCCCACUCUGGAUUAGUCGAAAAGGGGCGAUACUAUUUCUGUCAUUUUACUCAAGUGUACGGUCUUGAACCCAGAGCUGAGCAUUACGGAUGCAUGGUUGAUUUGUACGGACGAGCCGGGAUGUUGGAGGAAGCAAUGAAGGUCAUAAAUGAGAUGCCCAUGAGUCCUGAUGUAGGUGUGUUAGGUGCCUUUGUUGGAGCUUGUAAAAUUCAUGGGAACAUAGAGUUGGGAGAGGAAAUAGGGAAGAGAGUGAUAGAACUAGAGCCUACAAAUAGCGGGCGUUACGUACUACUCGGAAAUCUAUACGCCGAGGCAGGUAGAUGGGAAGGUGUUGCAGAAGUAAGAAAGUUAAUGAAUGAUAGAGAAGUGAAGAAGGCUGCUGGAGUUUCCAUGAUUGAAUUGGAAGGUGUGGUGUAUGAAUUUAUAGCAGGAGGAAGGAAUCAUCCUGAAGCAAAGGAAAUUUAUGCUAAACUUAAUGAUAUGUUAGAAUAUAUAAGAACUGAAGGAUAUGUAGCAGAGAAUGGAAUUGAGGAGGAGAAGGAUAAUCCUGUUUAUUACCAUAGUGAGAAACUGGCCAUUGCUUUUGGGUUGCUCAAAACUAAAGCAGGGGAAAUGCUUAGAAUUACUAAGAAUCUGAGGGUUUGUAAGGACUGUCACCAAGCUUUGAAGCUUGUUUCCAAGGUUUUUCAAAGAAAAAUCAUUGUAAGAGACAGAAAUCGUUUCCAUCAUUUUGCUACUGGAGAGUGUUCUUGUAAUGAUUAUUGGUAAAGAACAUAUCAACUCAGCUCUACUAAUGCUUCUUUCUUGUGAUUGUUUUGCCCAUAAAAUUCAGUUAGUUGUAAAAAACAGUGGAGUAUUGUCAUUGAUCUUUCAUAAACAUUUCAAAACUAUCAUUAAGUAGAAA